GUUUUGGCUUUUACCAUGUGGGGAGGAAGAGGACAAAAGGAUCCCGGGUCAUUGUUGAGUGACGUCAGGGCCCUUUUCCUAAGCUCUGACGUCGUGAAGCCCUCCGCCAAUCAGAAAGCUCCAGGUAGAAUCAUGGCGGCUCCCAGCGGCUGGAGGAAGACUGCGUUGUUUCUGUUUAUUUCUGUUUGUAUUAUUUCAGUGUUUGUUACAGUAACGGACUGUACAGACACCAAACCUAAAAAGAAGAAAGAUAUUCGGGAUUAUAAUGAUGCAGACAUGGCCAGACUGCUGGAGGAGUGGGAGAAGGAUGAUGAGAUUGAGGAGGGCGAUCUGCCGGAGCAUAAAAGAUCCCCACCUCCAAUUGACUUCUCUAAAGUGGACCCGUCCAAACCUGAGGAGCUCCUGAAGAUGUCCAAGAAAGGGAGGACCUUGAUGGUGUUUGCAUCCGUGUCUGGAAAUCCUACGGAGAAGGAGACGGAAGAGAUUACCAGCCUGUGGCAAGGAAGCCUCUUCAACGCCAACUUUGAUGUUCAGAGGUUUGUGGUGGGCUCCAACCGCGUCAUCUUCAUGCUGCGUGAUGGCAGUUACGCGUGGGAGAUUAAAGACUUCCUUAUCAACCAGGACCGCUGUGAGGACGUCACCGUGGAGGGGCAAGUGUAUCCCGGGAAAGCGGCCAAAAAGGACAGCAAGGAAAAAGAACAGAAUGACACCAAGAAGAAGAAAGACAAGAAAGCAGCCAACCGAGCAAGUAAAAGCAAACAGGAGCUAUAAGACACCUGACUUUAGCGAGGUUUCUGGAGCAGGAGCUGGAGAGGGGCAGGAGAAAGCCCUAAUCAGAGACUACAUGGAGAGAAGAAGUAUCCAGCCAAGGUGUUUGACACUAACUUCAGAGGUUUAGUGUUUUGUUUUCGACUCUAGUAUGAGCCACUGUUACCAGGGUACUGCUUUAUGAGUCAUUUUCUUUCGUUCCAGAAGGUGUUCGCUUCAAAAUCCUAGAAUGGAGUAGUCAGGUUACUCUUUAGUCAUGUUAUUUUUGUUCCACGAUUGCCAAUCCUCACUCAAGCAUUACACAGCUUGAUUAAUUAAAAAAGGAAAAAUGUCAUUAAAAUCAAAGUUUCUUUGAUAUUUUACUCACAUAAAUGGUACAUAGUCAAUCAAGAUUAAGGAAAUUACAAUUAAGGCCUUCACAAUCUUUUUCUUUUUUUUUUUUAUAUAUAUCACUCAACUUGCAACUGUAAAAUGUUUAAUUUCCUCACAGUAUUGCCUUUGGAGUGAGAAGAAUAAAACAAUUUUGUAAUUAACUCA